UCUGAAUGGUUCUGCUGCAGGUGGAGUCCGGCUGUCGCCGCCACUGAGGACCUGGGCGGCCGGUGACACCGAGGGCUGGGAGUGACCUCCGGAGGUCUCAUGGUCAAGCAUGGACCCUGUUGCUACCCACAGCUGCCACCUCCUCCAGCAGCUGCAUGAGCAGCGAAUCCAAGGCCUGCUUUGUGACUGCAUGCUGGUGGUGAGGGGAGUCUGCUUCAAAGCGCACAAGAAUGUGCUGGCCGCCUUCAGCCAGUACUUCAGGGGCCUCUUUCAGAACUCCUCGAGCCAGAAGAGUGAUGUCUUCCACUUGGACGUUAAGAGCGUCAGCGGCAUUGGGCAGAUCCUGGACUUCAUGUACACCUCUCGCCUGGAUCUCAACCAGGACAAUGUGCAGGCGAUGCUGGAUACGGCCCGGUGUCUGCAGGUGCAGAUCGUUCUGAGCCUGUGCCACACAUUUCUCAAGUCCACCUCUGCACAACAGCCUUCUGGCUUGCCCUGUGCUAGUGCCUUCUCCCUGCAGGGUGCGCUGACCCCCGAAAGCACCUGUGUGAUGAGCGAACACUAUCCCCCUCCCUUACUGCAGGAGUGUUCAGCUGAGGCCCAGCAUGGGAAGGUUCUGGAUGGAUCGCAUUCUCAGGCUCCAUCUGUCAGUCUUCAUCACUCCACAGGGGAAAUGGCAAAGGCAGCCCCAGGUGCUUUAGAUGGCAGCUGCACAGAGCUGCCUUGCAAACAGCCCAAUUACUAUUACAAACUCCGAGACUUUUACAGCAAGCAGUACUACAAACAAGCUGCUUGUCCCAGCCACGAGCGAGUCGCCGAGCAGCCCUUCACUUUCAGUGCCUCUGCAGACCUCGCUGCCGUGGAAACGCAACCUUGUGCUGUCAGUCAUCCCGAAUGUCUCCUGGAGUCUUCGGAACACUUGCCUUCCACCUUCUUGGCCCCACCACUGAGUGACUCUGCCCCAGACCCUGAGUCGGACGCCCCCUGUCAGCCACCUACCAAACAGAUGAGGCUCAAAAAGGCUGUUCACCUGAAGAAAUUAAAUUUCCUCAAGUCACAGAAAUCAGCCGAGCCAGCAUCUGAGCCUAAGGUAGAUGAUGGAUUAGCAAAGAGGACGGAACCCACCAGUGAACAGACAGGAGAGAAAGCCAGCAGCCAAAGCACCGAAGAAAAAGAAAGCCAGGAACUCGGUUCUGAGAAUUUUAGUUGUGCUGUUAGUGGAACGGAGGUGCCUGAGGCCUCAGCUGCACCGGAGGACCAGUCCCAGUCCCUUCAGUGCCAGAGACAGUAUGCGUGUGAAUUGUGUGGGAAACCUUUCAAACAUCCAAGCAAUUUGGAGCUUCACAAACGGUCUCAUACAGGUGAGAAACCUUUUGAGUGUAACAUUUGUGGGAAACAUUUCUCUCAGGCAGGUAACUUGCAAACUCACCUCCGCCGGCAUUCUGGUGAAAAGCCAUACAUCUGCGAGAUCUGUGGAAAGAGGUUCGCAGCCUCUGGUGACGUCCAGCGGCACAUUAUCAUUCACUCGGGAGAAAAGCCGCACUUGUGUGACACCUGUGGCCGAGGCUUCAGCAACUUCAGUAACCUGAAGGAGCACAAGAAGACGCACACGGCCGACAAGGUCUUCACCUGUGACGAGUGUGGAAAGUCCUUCAACAUGCAGCGGAAACUGGUGAAGCACCGCAUCCGGCACACGGGGGAGCGGCCCUACAGCUGCUCUGCCUGCGGGAAAUGUUUUGGAGGCUCAGGUGACCUGCGCAGGCACGUCCGUACUCAUACCGGGGAAAAGCCAUACACGUGUGAGAUCUGUGACAAGUGCUUCACCCGCUCUGCUGUGCUCCGGCGGCACAGGAAGAUGCACUGCAAAGCUGAUGCUGGGAGCCCAGAUGUGCUGGAUGAGCUCGGUCAGGCCAUUGAGACCUCCGACCUGGACAAGUCUCAGAGCUCUGAUUCCUUCCCCCAGGACAUGGCCGUGACCUUGAUGCCAGGGUCGGUAAAGCUCCCUGGGCACCCAGGAGAAAAUGCCACAGCAGAAUUUGAUGAGCACUCCGCCAACUCUUACUGUAAGCUACGCUCUGUGCUCCACCCUCCUGGGGUGAGCGACCAGGAGAAACUGAGCCUGGAUCCCACUAAGCUUGCCAAGCCUCAGGUGCCGCAGAGCCAGCCCCAGGUGUACACUUACUCAGACACAGACACCUCAGCUGGCAGUGAGCCCCUGCCGGCUGAUGGCAUGGCCAUGAUCCGCUCCUCCCUGGCCACUCUGGACAGUCACUGCAGUGAUCCUCUGGGCAGCCGUGUGUCCUCCACAGCUUACAGGAACUCAGAGGGGCAGUUUUUCUCCAGCAUGACCCUCUGGGGGCUAGCGAUGAAGACACUGCAGAAUGAGAAUGACUUGGACCAGUGAUGUAUCACGUCAGCGUCCCCAGCACUGGUGAAGUUUGUCAGUGGCUGACUGGUCUCAAGGCUACAGGAGUGAGCUCUCCUGCCCGGUCCUGCUGUCUGACCUCUGACCUCCAGAGAUGAUUUAGGUGAUUUCCCUCCUGGUGGCUUUAGGUUACCUGAGCGUGGUCUCAGGGUUGGAAGAAAGACCUGCUGGCCCCCAUGGCGAUGGCCAGGGAGUGGGGUGUUCACGUCCCUGCAGCCGAGGGCCCAAGCAUCUUGUCAGUUCAGCUAGUGUGAGUGUACCUGUGUCAGCUGCUGUGCACUGUGGUCAUGCUAAAGGAAGUUCAUGUGUAAUACGAAUACUAUUUUUA